CCCCCCGGACCCCCUCCGGGUCCCCGCUGCCAUGGCAACUCCCGCGCCAUAGCAACGCCCCGCCCACCCCGACAACGCCCCGCCCACCUCAACAAACGCUCCGCCCACUUCGGAAAAAAGCCCCGCCCCCCUUAUUUGAAUCGGCUCGAGCUCCCGCUCACUUCGCCGCCUCGGCGCCUCCACCAAUAGAAAAGCGCCCCCCGGCUCUUGGCCCCGCCCACUCCGUCCCGUCCGCCCAAUCGGCUGGGCGCUCCCCCCUCCAGCCGUCUAGCCAAUCAGAUCAAAGCUCUGCCUCCGUUCCCCCUUCUCCCGCCGCUCCCUCGGGCGGACGGACAGGGCUUGCUGGCCAAUCAAAAGGCGGGAGGGACGGCGGCUCGUCCAAUAGGAGAGGGCGCAGCGCUGGGGGGGGGGCGGGCUCUAGCUGAGGGCGGUUGUUUCCUCAGGCAGAGAUGGCUCAAGAAGAGAUGGAAGUUGAUCUGCAGCCGGUGGGUGGUUACUCUGUGGAGAUCCUGAGGACCCUCCCUGCAGAGCCCUCGGGUCACCCCGCCCUGUCCUCCCGCCCUCUGCUGCUCGGGGAAGGAGGAGGCAGCCUUCUAGCUCUUCCUGCUGAUGAUGCUGUUGUCAUUCCAAGUGCUGGUGCCACUAGGGAAGUAUCUGCUGAGCCUGACCCUCCGCGGAGUCCUGCCCCAGCUCCCAUGGGAUUGCAGAGGCUGUUUGACCAGCCCCGGCCCCCCCUGCAGGCCCCGCAGCGUCCCCGCGUCCAGAGAGCUCGCCGGCAGCAGAGGCUCGGAGGUUCCCAGAGGACAGUCAGUGCCAGGGCAGCAUUGGACAGCUACUUCCACCUGAGCAGGACCCAGGAGCCAACCACAGGACCAGCUCCACAUCUGGAGCCCUCCCAUGGUGUGCAGGACAGCCAGGAGCACAGCUCAGGUGAAACCAUAGAAGUGAGUGACUCUGACAGCAGCACUUCUGAGGAGGAGGAGGAGGAUGUGGUGGAGGUUGCAGCACCACUGAUGCCAUCAGCCCAGGAGACACCUCCAGCAGCCAGCUCAGAAGAUUCCACUCAGGUCCAAGCAGAGCCACCUCAAGCUUUGUCUCGAGCUUCUGCUGAACAUGGAAGUCAUGAAGCUGAAGAAGCUCAGGUCCAACCAAAGCAGAGGACUCCAGUGAGGCAAGUGGAACCGUCAGUUCCCGCUGCGCCGGCGGACGAGGAGGAAGGGGACACCUGUGCCAUCUGCUUUGAGCAGUGGACCAACGCUGGUGCCCACCGACUGUCAGCACUGCGGUGUGGGCACCUCUUUGGGUACACCUGCAUCGACAGGUGGCUCAAGGGACAGGCAGGGAAGUGCCCCCAGUGCAAUAAGAAGGCAAAACGUUCUGACAUCGUGGUCCUCUACGCUCGUACCCUGAAAGCUGUGGACACCAGUGAACAGGAACGCAUGAAAAGCUCUCUGGAAAAGGAGCAGAUGCUGAGGAGACAGGCAGAGCUGGAGUCUGCCCAGAGCCGUCUCCAGCUGCAGGUUUUGACAGAUGAAUGCAGCAAACUCCGCAGGCAAGUUCAGGAGCUGAAGGCCCUGGUGGCCCAGCACAAUGGGAGUGGUUCCCAGCAGCCUGGCAGCUCCCGCUCCUGCCUCCCCAGCAGCCUCCCCUCCAGCCAGAGCCAGCGCAAGUACCACUUGGAAAAGGUUUUUCUGGUGUCUCAGACUGGGAACUGCAGGGUGAUGGCAUUCUGUGACUCCCUGAGCUGUCUGGUGGUGUCACAGCCUUCUCCACAGUCUACUUUUAUUCCUGGUUGUGGUGUGAAGAUGCUGAGUGUGGCCAACCUGAAGAGCAGCCAGUACAUCCCCAUCCACAGCAAGCAGAUCCGGGGGCUGGCGUUCGGCAGCCGGGCGGAUGGUUUGUUGCUCUCUGCUGCUCUGGACAACACCCUUAAACUCACCAGCUUGGCAACAAACACCGUGGUGCAGACAUACAACACUGGCCGUCCUGUCUGGAGCUGCUGCUGGUGUCUUGAUGAUACCAACUACAUCUAUGCUGGGCUGGUCAAUGGCUCUAUCAUGAUCUAUGACUUGAGAGACACCAACUCUCAUGUCCAGGAACUAGUCCCUCAAAAGUCCAAGUGCCCCAUGGUAUCACUGUCCUACCUGCCCCGGAUGGCCUCAGCAUCCCUGCCUUAUGGUGGAAUAUUAGCUGGGACCUUGGAAGGAGCCUGUUUUUGGGAACAAAAAGCUGGCAAUUCCUACAGGCCCCAUCACCUGCCACUGGAACCUGGAGGAUGCAUUGAUAUUCAGACAGAGAUCAGCACCCGCCACUGCCUCGCCACGUACAGGCCUAGUAAAAACAACCCCUGUGUGCGUUGUGUGAUGAUGGAGCUGACCUGCAGCCCACUGACAGAGGCCUCUGAGGACGUGGUGUGUUCUUCUAACCCCGUGCAGACUUUCAGUGCUGGGCCCACCUGCAAGCUGCUGACCAAGAAUGCCAUUUUCCAGAGCCCAGAGGAGGAUGGCAGUGUCUUUGUGUGUGCUGGGGAUGAGGCAUCUAAUUCUGCCCUGCUAUGGGAUGCUGGCAGUGGCUCCUUGCUGCAGAAGCUGCAGGCUGACCUGCCCGUGCUGGACAUCUGCCCUUUGGAAGUGAACCAAACCCACCUUCUGGCCACACUGACUGAGAAGAUGGUGAAGAUCUACAAGUGGCAGUGAGAGUGGUCCCCACGCUGGCCACAGAGCCUUCCCACAUCUGCUGCUGCUGAACCCCAUACAGCCUCUCUGUCCCAGCCUCUGCUGCCCUGCACUUGCUGCUCACAGGAGGGAGGAACCACUGCAGCACCUUUCUGGCAGUAGGUGGGAACUGGGACGUGCUGGUGCCUACAGCAAUCCCCUUCUUCCUCCAUCCUCCUUUAUAAGCCUGCCCUUAUUUCUUCUUGGAUCAAUUUUCUUCAGUCAGACUCCACAAGCUGCCUGAGCACAGCAGUAAUUCUUGGAUUGUCUCCAGCCAGCAUUGCUGCACUUCUUUUUUGUCCAGUGUGAAUACAACACAGGGACUUGCAAAUCUCUUCUGUGAAUCAACAAAAGAAGAGGAACUUGAUGACCUGAGACUCCCACUGCACUUUCUCUUGAAGUCCUGCUGUGAUUAUUGGGUGACAGAAAGGUGGCAUUGUUGGCAUCUGGCUGGCAUGGCUGGCACUCGGUGCAAAAGCAAGUUCACUGCUGUCCAGAACAUGCUGUUGUGUUCCUUUUGAAGGUCCAGGACCAGCUGGCAGUUCCUCCCUAUGAGGACAGACCCUGUUUUGUGGCCAUGGAGAGAACAGGCUUGGAAAAAUCUGCAGAGAACUUUUGUGGCUUUUUUUCCAUGAGCAUGGAACCUGCACUGUGAUUCCUUAAUUUUCUGCCCAGUCCCUUUCUCUCUUCCCUGCUUCACCCACAAGCCAACUUGGACAAGUUUGGUUGUGGGAAAUGAAAGUAGAGAUGCAGAGGUGAGGAGGAGGAGGUGUUGCUGCUGCUGUUGGCUGCUGCAGUCCACAGUGUUCUCCUUCCUUAGAGCCAGCAAUGAAACAGCUGGUCCCUUGGAAAGGAAUGCUGGCUGCUUUUCUUCAGGAGGUGGUUCCUCCCCCCAUUGGAGGAACUGGUGGAAACUCAUGGAUUUCCUCAGCUCCCUUUCACUGACCCUUUGCCUUCCUUGACUCCUGGCUGCCAGCUCACAGCCAGCUGUGCUUGUGUCCAGAUGUGCUGCAGCCCUGCUGCUCUACAUGCACCUGAGCCCACCGGGUGGGACCAGAGGCCAGGGGACCUGUGCUGGCCAGGUAGGCUCCCAGCACCUGGGCCACGAAUAAUGCUGAGGGGUGUGAGGACAUCUCUCUCCAGUCCAAAUCAUAAAACAGGAGAUGGGUUUCAUUUUGUGUUUACCAAAAGCAAGCGUGCAAGGACGUUGGGAGCUACAUGUUCCCCUGUGCUGGGAACAUAUCCCUGCCUCUGGCUGUGGGAAGCAGCACCCAUCCUGUUGGGACUGAGUGUGCCACCACUUACACUGCCAGAACAACUUUAUUUUCUGAAGUCUGAGGCUUGCACAGCAUGAUCCUGUUUGUCUUACCUCUUUAAAAGAGAUUGAGAAGGUCUCUGCUUAACUUUAUAUUUUUCUGUAUAGUAUUUGGUUGCUAUAUUUUUAUAUACUGUAAAAUUAAAGUGUUCAUAGUUACCAAA